AUGGAGUCGCUAGAGACAUCUGUUGGGGUUGAGCCUGCUGGUCAGGGACAAACUCCACAUGGUACUACAGGCGUGUCGGGCUCUCAGACUCCGAUGGUUUCAAAGGUACCUACCCCAACCGUACCCACUGUACCCACUCCUACUUUAUUCACGGUACCACCAGCGGUACCACCGACAUACCCGGCACCUACUCCAGUCGUGCCCACUGUGUACCCCGCACCACCACCACCAGUACUUACGGCGUACCCGGGACCACCGCCACCGGUGCCUACGGUGUACUCGGCACCACCGCCACCGGUGCCUAUUGCUCACCCGGCACCCACACCAGUAGUAGUAGUUACUCCACAUUCGGUACCACCACCUACCAUACCUCCAGCCACACCCACUUAUGUUCACCUUGUAGUGCCACUAGCGGCACCUACCCCUGUUUAUGCAGCAGCACCGGGGAUACAUCCCCCGGCCUAUCCAGCGGUACCACCUGUAGUACCAGCUCCAGUGGUUCCGCUAGUUCUCACAGCGAUCCCUACUCACCUUACUGAUAUAGUUACGGCACGAGCACGGAUCCCGCUUUGGCAGAAUCAAUGA